AUGAGUCUAGUCUUAAUAGUUGUCAUCAUUAUGGCCUUAAUCUCCACUAUCUUGAUCAAUGUUUCCUUCUGACUGCCCCAAAUAAACCCAGACCACGAAAAACUCUCCCCAUACGAGUGUGGCUUUGACCCCCUAGGAACCGCCCGAUUACCUUUUUCUCUCCGAUUCUUUCUCGUCGCCAUUCUUUUCCUUCUUUUUGACCUAGAAAUCGCCCUUCUUCUGCCUCUUCCCUGAGGAGACCAACUAGAAUCCCCCCUACUUACAUUUUUAUGGGCCUCAGCCAUCCUACUGCUUUUAACCCUGGGCCUAAUCUACGAAUGAAUGCAAGGCGGCCUAGAGUGGGCCGAGU